AUGGCUUCGAGUUCUUCACCUGCCUCAAUCACCACUGGGCCGUCACCUUCCGGAUCUCGGAUCGGACGGCCGCCACAGUGGACCGUCUCGAGAUCUCGCAAGCUCGCGAGAUUGUAUCUCUAUACAACGCUUUCCAUCGAAAAAAUCAUCAAAGUGCUCGAGGAGGAUACGUUUAAACCGAGGAAAAAUUCGGCCCAGAAGACCAUCCACAAGAUGCUGGACAACGAUCCUCGCUAUUUGCGGCCCGAGUCUCGCAUUGAGAUGGCCAAGCGCAUCAACAAUCUCUGCAUGUCUCCAACCCGUCGAAGAAGACCAGGGCGGCCCUCAGUGAAAGCAUCUCCAAGCCAACUGGCUGCCCUGGAGUUUCCGGAUGUAGGUGGUCAACGACUCAACGGUGGUCACCGAAAGGGGGGCAAUCUCUCCGUCGCCGAGGCAUCCACCCCUGGGUCAAGCCACAUAACGGGAGACGCCCCUUGGUUUGAAUUUGUAUCCCCCGUUUCCACCUCGAACCCUCCCGCAAGACACACCAAACUCCCCGCAGCCUUCAGAGGCCAGGUGGAACAAAGUAUCGAUGCGACAGACUCAAGCCAGACAGAUUUGUUUGUCCAGGAGGUAAAACGGAGAAUAUCGGACUGCUCCUCACAUUACGCAGCCCAGAUCUCAACGUUAGUUGAAGAAUUUACUAUCGUGGAGACUUCAGAAGAGGAAUCGUCCGCUCGUCGACCAUCCGUCGCUUUAAGCGAAGUUUUCAUGCCAGAGCAACAUGUUGACCCGGAACCAACCCCUGAGGCUUUUGAGGCCUUUCCGGAACCGGGCUUCGCGCUGCCCGGGGAUUUUCUCAGCGCUCAUACCAGGAACUGUGCCGACUUUCCCGGUCAACAGCAUGGGAAAAGAGACUGCUGGUGCUCGAUCGCAGAAGAGACGUCCGCUGGAGAGAAUACAUGGUUGGCGGCAAAGGGUGAACUAAGUGAGCGUGCCAAGCAUGCCAUCAAGCAUCUCCCUUUAAUUGACGCCAGCCUUCGCGACAGCUUCGGCAACACGCUGCUUCACGUUCUCGCCGCAUUGGAGGGGCAACAAGACACACUCCUAAGGAUGGUCAUCAGCUCCAACGUCGAGAAUCUAAAGGCGGUGAAUACUGGUGGCCAGACUUUUCUUCACAUUCUUCAUUUUGAGUGGUUCUCAGAACUUUCAAGCCCGUCGUCACCCCUGACGCGGCUGCUAGCACACGUUAGGAACUCGUGCCCGGACUUGGUCUGCCAAACCGACGUCUACGGCCGCAAUUUCUUUCACAGAGCCCAUUCAAUUGCCCGGGACCCAAGAGCCCUAGCUGGCCUCAUCUUUCCAUUCGAACCCCUGCUCGUGUCAGGCCGUGAUGCCUUCGGUUUCAACCCAGUUUCCGACAGCCGGCAGGGGCGUGAUGGCUUAUACAUCCCGCCCCGUCGGCUUGGUAGCCUUUCACCACCUAUUGAAAGGCUUGCUAAGCCUAACAGGGGCGGCAGCUGGCCUACCUCCUCCGCUGAUGAAGGCUCUUUCCUGGCUUACCACGCACGACUCGUCAACGUCAUCCAGUCCUCCUACAACAACCCAAAUGCCGAAGACCCCGAAGGUCGUAACGGCCUGCAUUGCCUCGCAGAGGCAAUCCUCAAUCAGCAGACAAUGGAUCGCCACGUGCAAGUCCAGCGGGGCGUCCUGGCCACAGCCUCCUCUACCGCUUCCUCACCCUCCUCCUACCCAUUCAGUCGUCCGCACCUAAAGCGGAAGCUCACAGACUCGAUUACUGAGGUCUACCCCCUUAGCCCAGGGGUAACUUCAGGGGCUUCCUCCCCAUCCCCGCAAACACCCCCUGCUGAGGAAGGGAGCCUUCCAACCCGCCUGCGCCACCUGCAGGGGCUCUUGCACCCGUCAGUCAACGUGGACGUGCACCACUACGACAGGCGCGGCACGACGCCGCUGAUGGCCUUUAUCGAGCACAUAUCGGACGACCAAGAUGACAAGGCCAAGACGCUGCAGACCAUCAUCGAGACGCUGAUCCGCGCGGGCGGGCCCCGCUGCGUGGAGGCACGGAACCGCCGCGCCGAGACGCCAUUGCUCCUGGCGGCGCGCCUCGGCCGCAAGGUAGCCCUUGCCGUCCUCCUUGAGCACGGCGCCAACGUCCACGUCCGGGACGUGGACGGGCGCGGGCUGCUCGAGGUUCUGGAUAGUGAAGUUGACAGCGCCCGCGCACGGAGUGAUGUUAGCCUCUAUGCGAGGCUCGAGGCUUGCAGAGUGUUGUUGACCGGUCGGAGGGAUUGGGGGGUGCAGUACAAAGGUGGAAUUGUGAGAGAGUGGAGGGUGAGGGAAUAG